CAGACCUCGGCCCUGGGGCCCAGCCGUGAGAGCCGCGUCGUGAUUGGCUGAGCGCCGCCGUCCUUUUGAGACUCGCCCUCCUAUUGGCUGGAGCCGGGCGAGACGCUCACUCGCACAAUGUCUACCCGCUUUUGUUAUUGUAGCGAGCGGCCAGGAUGCGGAGACAGCGAGCCUGGUAGUCCGCUAUCGACUCCGAUACACUCAAAUUAGAUGCUGGAGGGGGAAGGGGGCACGAUUUACUACCUCUCCGUCCUUGUCCAGAAGACAGCUUUUCGCUAUUCUCCAACAAUACGACCGAUGUCAGGAUGUCCGUGAACUCUCCCAACAGUAAUGACGCCUGCCUCAGUAUCGUGCACAGCCUCAUGUGCCACAGGCAGGGCGGCGAAAACGAGGGCUUCGCCAAGCGUGCCAUCGAGAGCCUGGUCAAGAAACUGAAGGAGAAGAAGGACGAGCUGGACUCCCUCAUCACCGCCAUCACCACCAACGGAGUCCAUCCAAGCAAGUGCGUGACCAUCCAGAGGACGCUGGACGGACGCCUACAGGUUGCUGGGCGUAAAGGUUUUCCUCAUGUAAUCUAUGCGCGGUUGUGGCGCUGGCCUGACCUUCACAAGAACGAGCUGAAGCAUGUGAAAUUCUGUCAGUACGCAUUUGACCUCAAAUACGAUAAUGUCUGUGUCAACCCUUACCAUUAUGAGAGAGUGGUGUCACCAGGCAUCGUUGGUCUCAGUCUUCAAAACACGGGUCCCACUGGCAGACUAAUAAAGGAAGAGUACAGCCACGACUGCAUCCAGAUGGACGUUCCUCAGGGUCAACUC